CACACACACACACACACACAGACAAAUAUAUAAAUAUAUAUCCUACACACAGCAUUCUCUUGUGUGUACACGGAACUUCUACAGCCAUAACAUGUCACAUCUUUUUAUGUAUCCUCCUCACUCAUGCAUAGGCUAUGAGGUACGGCUCUUCCAGCCACUAAUGUCAUGAUUAAACUUUAAUAUUUCCUUUCCAGCCGGAGAUGAUUCCCACUCCUACCAAAAAUAUUGUUUCGGAAUAGUCAAGAGUGUUUCCCAAUUGCUUUAAUGUAAAUAUUGUUUAGGAAUAGUCAGUUAGAGUUUUCCUCGAUUGCUUUAAAAAUGUAAAGUAUCAACAACAGCUCCUUAGUGUUACUCGGACUACAGUUAUUGUCCACAUUUUACUGAGAGUAAAGAUUACAGUAAAGAGUUGUUAUUGUUAAGAGGUUACUAAAAGCAUGCUUUCUUUUGUUCUCAUGUCACUCAAAGUACAGAGUUAUCAUUGUCCUGAUGUUUGUCAGAAUCAUCAUUGCUUUAAUGUACGCGGGCUGAUGAGACGACUAUUGCUUUAAGUAUGUGUCAUCAUAGGAAGUGGUCAGUGGUAUAAAGGUGGAAAGGGCAGCCACAGGUCAUCUUAAAAAUAGCCACGUUAAAGAGAAAACUGCUCUUGUUCCCAGAUGGAAGGAACUAGCUGUCUGAUUCAGAUUUAAAAAACAGAUCCUUUAGUGGUGCGUUAAUGGCCGACAGUCUCAUGGAUGAUUAUGUGUGUGAGUCUCUGUGUGUGUGUACUUAUUUGUGCGUCACUCACUGUAACCUGAGUGACCUUUCCAUGUCUUGCCAGACUGCUUGCAUCAGGCAGUUGAACUCAUUCUGAGAUCCCUAUGUGUGUGUGUGUGUGUGUGCGUGUGUGUGUGCGUGUGCGUGUGUGUGCGUGUGUGUGCGUGUGUGUGUGCGUGUGUGUGUGUGUGUGUGUGUGUGUGCACAUUUGUGUGAUGAAAAGAAUCUGGAGUUUGUCAAACUUUUUAAGAACCUCUUCCUUUAGGGGAUUGUUUAUACAGCGCUCCAGAAUUGUGUGUGUGCGUGUGUGUGUGUGUGUGUGUGUGUGUGUGUGUGUGUGUGCGUGUGUUUUGAUGUGUGGGAGACUGUGACUUCCAUCCAUUCCCUUAGAGAGCAAGAAACUGAGGGAAAGAUAUAUUUUAAUGAAGUCCUUUAGGCUAAUGCGCGGGCUGCUGUUUUUCUGUUCUAGGAGAAUUGUAUCCGAGAGCCGUGUGCUGUCAGAAUGCUUGUUGACUGGAUCAGUGGAUGCCCCUGCACAUGCUUGUGACCCCUGAAAUGGUUCAGAGAAAUGGACGGAUGUUCUCAAGUUGGAGACUAACAGCAUCCUUAAAGAUGCCUGAAGGCUCACUCUGAAUCACCAAACAUACACACUCAGACACACACAGACGCUAACACACACACGGAGUAGAAACUUGCCUGAUGAAUUCCUUUGAGCUCUGGUGUACAAACACUCCAAGCUAGCAGGCGGGAGUUGCCAUGCCAACUAAAACUGCCAUCCUUGAGUCUUCUGUUGCCAUACAGGUAGUAACCAUGACAUUGCUCCUCCCAUGGGCGCUGUCUCUGCUGCUGGCCACCAUAGCAGUGGCAAGUAAUGAUGAUGUCAUUCCUCGCAUCAGCUUCCCCUACCACUCUCAGGAGCGAGCUGUCAGACAGUUCUCCCCUGCUGGAGUGUUUAAUUACACCUCGCUGCUGCUCAGCCAAUCAGAUAGCACACUUUACGUGGGUGCCAGAGACAUGCUGUUUGCCCUCAACGUCAAUGACAUCACCUCACACUCUCAACAAAAGGCAUUGUCAUGGGAAACACCUGAGAAGAAGAGAAAGGAGUGUGGCUUUAAAGGGAAAGACCUGCAGAAAGACUGCUUCAACUACAUCAAGCUCUUACUGCGUCUGAACGACACACAUCUGUACGCGUGUGGAACCUACGCUUUCAGCCCCACCUGUUCUUACAUUAAUGCAGCUAGUUUUUCCAUGCUGAGGGACGAUCAGGGAGAGGUUCUCAUGGAGGAUGGGCGGAGCCGCUGUCCCUUCAGUCCAGAGUACCAGAACACUGCUGUCAUUGCAGAUGGGAUGCUGUAUACUGGGACUGUGAGUAAUUUCCAGGGUAAUGAGCCGACCAUCUCUAAGAGCCUGGGCACCGGAGCUGCUCUCAAAACCGACAACUCCCUUAACUGGCUGGAAGAUCCAGUAUUUGUGGGAUCUGCAUACAUGCCGGGUACUGAUGAAGACGAUGAGAUCUACUUCUUCUUCAGUGAAACUGGAACAGAGUUUGAUUUCUUUGACAACACCAUUGUGUCCCGCAUAGCACGUGUCUGUAAGGAUGACGAGGGUGGUGAGAGGGUCCUUCAGAAGAAGUGGACGACCUUCCUGAAAGCCCAGCUGCAGUGCUCUCUGCCUGAUGACGGCUUUCCUUACAACAUCGUGCAGGACGUCUUCAUACACACUGCGCCAAGCCGAGAACACACAUUGCUCUAUGCGGUCUUCACCUCACAGUGGCAUAAAGGAGCAUGGGGGAGUUCGGCUGUGUGUGUUUUCAGUAUGAAGCAUGUGGACAGUGUAUUUAAUGGCCGAUACCGAGAACUGAACCGAGAAACACAACGUUGGACCACACACACUCAACCUGUUCCAGAACCACGUCCUGGAGCGUGUGUGAACAGUGCUGUGAGAGAGAUGGGGUUUGAGUCAUCCCUGCAUAUGCCUGAUAAAGUGCUGAACUUUGUGAAGGACCACUUCCUCAUGGAUGGAGUGAUCCGCAGUGCUCCACUGCUACGCACACAGAGUGUUCGCUACACACAGAUUGCAGUGCAGAGAGUCCAGGGCCUGCGGAAGGUCUAUGAUGUGAUGUUUCUGGGAACAGAUGACGGACGACUGCAUAAGGCUGUUAGUUGUGCCGACAACAUACACAUUAUUGAAGAGAUCACACUGUUUCCAAGGCAACAGCCUAUACAACACAUUGAAUUGGACUCAAGCAAGGGUGUGUUGUUUGUGUCCUCCUACUCGGCCGUUCUGCAGCUGAGUGUGAGUAACUGCUCGGCUCACCGGACCUGUGGGGAGUGUGUGUUGGCGCGAGACCCGUACUGCGCCUGGGCCGGAACACGCUGUGCUGACCUCACACACACCGCGCCACGGGGGCAGUGGCAGCAGGACAUUGAAAAUGCAGACCCAUCCUUGUUGUGUAAGAUCACAGCCACCCCACGCUCUGCAAAGUCACAGAGCCUCGACAUGUCUGCAUGUCAGGUGGUCGUUGUACCUGCCAACACCUUCCGCGUUCUUCCAUGCAAGCUACGGUCUAACCAUGCACACAGGACAUGGUCAUACAGCCCCAGCACGCCUCACUUUCUGUUUCCUGGUCCAGAGGGUGGGCUAGUGGUUGGCGGCAUAGAGGGGGCUGAAAGAGUCUACUCAUGCUGGGCAGAGGAACGUGGUUUUCAGCAACUCCUGGCCAAUUACUGUGUGAGGGCGGAGCCACGAGUCCAGAGACCCACUCCUAUUGGUCGACCAAGAGCACCACAUCCCUUGGAGGAGGAGUCAGUUAUUCUGCCCGAUCGGUCUCACUCACCAUGGGCGACUGCAAAGACCUACCGCGCAGAGCUGAUCGCAGUGUGUGUGCUCCUGUGUGUGUGUGUGCUGUGCUUCGGCGUGUGCGUGGUGUACGGCCGGGCAAGGGUGCCACCCACACAGCAACAGAAGCCGAGGAUUGUGGGUAAAUCAACCGAGAGUUUGCCACUGAAUGGGGGCUCCAUCCCGACCACUCCAUCUGAACUCAAGGGCUAUCAGACACUGGAGGAGAACUACUGCGCGCACACGCACACACACUCUCACACGCCCACUCACCCACAGCCGCACACAGAGACACAGACUCACGGAGACAACUCUCCCAUCUGUCCUAGGCCUCGUGUCAGACUGGGAUCUGAGAUUCAAGACUCCAUAGUGUAGACACACACACACACACACACACACACACACACACAAACACACACACACACACACACGCAUACAAAGACACACAGAUGUUCACACACAGUUAAUGUGAAGAUGAUAUUCAGAAACACUCUAAGACGACUUGUCAGAACUGAGUGUAGUCCUUAACCACCACCAUGUCUCACUUGUUUGUUUACCUGUGUGGUUUUACCUCGUCAUUUUACUGUGAGCAAAACCCUGAUAAGCAGACUUCCAUUACAGAGACUGGACAUCACUAUCCCUCUGAGCUUUACUGUAAUGUGUUCUCAUCUUAAUGACCGGUCUGAUCUUUUUAGAGGCCACAGGUAUCUUCCUCAGCAGACUAACCAUUGAGGUUCUAACACCAGUUAGAUCUGACCUUCCCUUGCAAAAUGACCAGAAGUGCAUCUUAACCCUUAAAGGAGGGAAUGUUGAGAAAUGAACGUUCUAAAGAAUAUCUGGGUUCAUUGAAUUCAACAUAGAAUUUUAGAACCUUCAAUUGUUGCGGAACUUCAAAAACCUACACCUUUAAAACGCACACAUUCUGUGUUGUGAUAUAUGACCUUCCAUAUCAUCUUGAUAUUAUUUUGUGAGACUGUUAAAUAUGGCACAACAUUCUGUUAGUAAUAAUUUGCACUGGCUUCUGACAAAGACCUUUUGACUCACCACUGAAUGUAUGUGUACUAGAAGAGUAUUAACAAGCUGUUAUUUUAAUGUGACGCUCACAGAUUAGGUCUUUGGAAGUAGUUUUUUUAUAUCUGUUCACAGUCCCUCCACUGAAGACAGAAGAAAACAGGGGGUUCUGUUUGAGAGUUUUAUAAUAUUGUUUUCAGUGUAAGUUGAAAAUCUACUGUAAGAAAUUACUCAGAAGGAUUCUAUAUUGAGUUUUACUCUUAUAAUUUGGUUUAUACUGUGUGCCUAACUACCAAACUUCCUGUUAUUGCUCCCAAAAACAUUUUACUUCCUCUUUUUUCCGUACUCUUCAUCCGUUCAUCUUUUUUAUUUUUUGCUCUGAGUCUCUAUCCCUCUAUCAUCCACAGACUCACGUGCAGACUCACCUACACAUAGUCUUGGUGUUUACUUUGAGUCAAUUGAGUGUGUGUUUGUGUGGAUUGUACUGUAAGUUCUGAGCCAUACUGACAUAUUACUUUUGCUUGUUCUUCACUGUUUUUGCACUUUAUUUGGUUUAUUACAUCCAAUGAAAAUGUUUUGGAACAUUA